AUGGAGCCAGAAUCCAUAGAAAUUUGUCCUUAUAACCCUCACCACCGGAUCCCACUCAGCAGGUUCCAGUACCACCUGGCAUCAUGCAGGAAGAAGAACCCCAAGAAAGCCAAAAAGAUGGCCAGCUGUAAAUACAAUGCCUGCCACGUGGUCCCUAUCAGAAAGCUGGCUGAACAUGAAGCUACCUGUGUCAACAGAAGCUCCAUGGAGGAAGAGGACACCCUGAGCCCUCUGCACGUCAGUCUCCCACAGCCGCAGAAUGAGGACACACUACAGGUCCGUUGGCUUUCCAACCCUGAUACGUGGAAUGUUGACAGUGCCAACUGUCACCCAAUGUUCGUCCUUAAGAGUUUUGUUCCCCAAAAACUUGUUUGUGAGAGUGACACACAAGAGUCACAGAGAGACCAACCCCUAGAAGAUCCUCAGUCCAGGACCAGGAGGGCAAACCUCUAG